AUGGUCGCAGACGCUUUGGUUUACCACCCUGCCUUGGCGCAUUACCUGCGCUUUGUCGCAACGACGGUCGGUCGCGAUAAACUCCUCCGAACCUUGCAAUACUUCUCCCGCUUCUAUGCUUGGUACCUCUACCGUACCAACCGCCCCCAGUCCGCCAUCGAGCCUUUCAACGCCGUCAAGAAGCAGUUCGGAACAACUCGGAAGAUUCUGCGGAUCGGCAAGUUUGUUGAGCAUCUGAAGGCAGCUGCACUGGCCUCCGACAACAAGAACCCUGUUGACCCUGUACUCCGUUAUCUCGCCGUCGGCCGUCAGCUCGGCUACGCGGGCUACCUCUCUCUCGACACAAUCACCGUUAUCGAUACGAUCGGUGUUCGUAAGCUCGCUUCGGCCAAGCGACUGCAGGAGCACGCUUACCGCUCAUGGAUGGCGGGCUUGGUCUGCAGUGCUGUCGCGGGUGUAUACACUCUGUUCAGGUUGCGGGAGAAGGAGAAGACCCUCGACCGCAAGGAAGGCGAAGGUGUCGUGGAAGCCAAGAAGCUUGAGAAGGAGCGCUCUGCCGCACGCAUUCAGCUUAUUUCCGACCUUUGUGACCUGAGCGUGCCAGUGUCCGCUCUCGGACUGGCAUCUCUCGAUGACGGUAUUGUGGGUCUCGCAGGAACGGUCAGCAGUUUGAUUGGAAUCUGGUCCCAGUGGCGGAAGACUGCGUAA